GAGAGUGUCGGUCACGCUCCUAAGAUUCCUAGCCUACGUCCUGCUACAUUGUCUAUUCAUUGGUAGUUGUAGGAUGUCUGCAUCUUGGGAUCGUAUACUCGAUCCACGAGAGUACAAGCUGCAUGUACUUGUACCUGCCGAAUGUGCGACACAAAGCUGGGGCCCACAAUCUUAGUCAUACGUGUAGAUGUUAACCGCCAUCAGAUCGACUUCAUCGAAUUUGACAACUAUAGCACCGAAACAGAUAUGUAAGCUCAUGUUUUAUGCCUCGCACAGGUCACAAAAAAGUGAAGACCGGCUGCCUGCGCUGCAAGGAGCGUAAAGUCAAGUGUAGUGAAAGCAGGCCGAAGUGCACAGCCUGUGAGCGACAAGCUGUAGAGUGCGUGUACAAGACGCCGGUUCCCAGGCGGACCGCAACAGAAGACGAUCCAGGGGUGCAGCGAACAUCAGAGCCGGUACACCGCAGCGCAGAAUCCACACCUGUUAUCCCAAGCGUUGAUCCACUUGAACAUGCCAAUGAGCUCCGACUCAUGCACGAAUGGACCGCUUACACGAGUCGAGCGUUCUCCCCAUCAUGGGAGUACUGGAGCCACCAAGUCCCCAUCCUCGCCGUUGAACACCGCAGUCUCCUGGACGCUCUGUUUGCCUUCGCGGCAAUGGGGAAGUACCGGCGAAUCAAUGCUGGUACGGCUUCCGGGUGUGAGCCAUCAGUUUCGGAACCAGACCUACUGGUGCAAGCACGAGCGUACUUCAACCGCUCACUUGAAAGGUUUCGCCCACCGACGGGCGAUGACACAGUACCCGCGGACACGGCGGAAGCGCUGUACGCCACCUCCAUCCUUCUCUCCCUCCUCACGCUCUCGGAGAUGAAGCGAUAUAGCGAGGAUAGCGAGGAGAACAGUCCUUCCAAACGGUUUGAAAUGUGGCUCAAAUUCUCAACCGUAACCCGCGAAUCCUACAACAAGUGCCAGUCGGCCCUCAGUCCCGACCGCCUUAAUAUUCUAGACUCCUUUUGUGGCGCAAGAUGCACCACCGAAGAAGACGAGCUAUUCCGCAUCGAACAAGGCACACCUUUCUCACACCUCCUUACCUUCGCGUCGGAAUACGAGAACAUCACCGCCGAAGACCAAGCCGCUUACGAGAAGCUACUGGGCUGCGUUGUAUUUCUCUUCAAAGCCGCGAGUAGUGGAGAGUAUACGUGCUUACAGCUUUGCCAGCGGCUGAUCGCACUGCCUUCACGUCUCCCGCAACGCGCUGUAGAUCUCAUCUCGCGGAAAACGCCACGUGCCCUGGUGAUGCUUGCACAUGCGUUUGCCGUGAUGCGUCUCAUCGAGAACGAGAUCUUGUGGCUGAAAGGUGUCUCGGACGCGCAACUGGACCUGAUCGAUGCGAAUGUUCCACGGGGCUGGAAAGAGCGCAUGGGAUGGCCGAUGCUGGUCAAAGAAGGAAGGUGCCAGACGCUGCCACCAGCAAAUCAUUUCGGAGUGCCACUUUCGUUCGCUGUUGCACUUCCAAAAUUCAACACAGAUACCUGCGUCGCAGCACGCUCGCUCUGAGCGCAGGGGUUGCGCAAUUAUCCCAGGCCUCAGCGGCUAUAGAAUAUUGGUUUGUUCCGUAUCUUCGAGCAAAGACUAGAGCUGUAUCAGCCGUGCUCUGCGUCGCAGCAUUGGGAAUGGCUACACAUCUCUGCGCGCACGUUCCGGCACUUCAUUGCGAAGCACGGUCGGCAAGACCUCUAGACGUCCAAGCC